AUGCCCUUCUCUCUCACCCACCCUACCACGCGCCCCUUAACAGGCGGUGACCUCCUCGCCCAGUCGCUCAAGCACCUCGGCAUAGGAGUCGCGUUUGGACUGCAUGGCGGGCACCUCGAUGCCUUUCUCAUGGGCUGCGAGAGCGUUGGGAUCAAACUCGUCGAUACGCGGCACGAGACAGCAGCGGUACAGGCUGCAGAGGGGUAUGCGAAGGUCUCCCGGGGACUGGGGGUUGCGUUUGUUACAGCUAACAGCGGGUUCUCGAAUGGCAUUCCCGGUCUCGCCUCGGCGUUGGCAGAUCGCUCCCCCAUCCUAGUGAUAACCUCGUCGCCGCCGCUCCGGGAUAGCGAAAAUAAUUCGCUACAGGGAAUUAUCGAUCAGGUGGUUGUGAGCAGGCCAUUGACCAAGUUUGCGCAUCGCGUUACGAAUCCAGAGGAUGCGCCGCGGUUGGUUAGUCUAGCUGUCCGGACGGCGUUGGCUGGCGCGCCAGCAUGGGUGCUGACUGGAUUAGGACCGGUACUACUCGAUUUUCCGAUUGACGUGCUGUUCACUCCAGUCCAUGAAAAGCUGAUCUCCUGGGGUUCAAUUACGUCUCCCCGUUCCUAUGCACCUGGCCCGCACGUCGAGGCAGUAAAGAAGGCAGUGCAUCUAUUCAAGUUUGCGACAAGACCGGUUGUAAUCAUUGGGAGUGGAGCGCAAAGCGAGGAGACAACAACGCAGUUACUCCGAUUUUCGAACCAAACCAACAUCCCCAUCUUCGACACCCAAAAAUGCAUGCUUUCCUCGGAUCUAGUUACAAAGGGUAAAUUCUACGGCGGUCGUGCCGACACUCUCGCUCUGCUUUCUGCGGUUGAAGCGCUCCAACCGGACCUGGUUCUCCUGCUCGGCGCACGAACGGGUAUGUUCCUGGCCGGUCGCAGCGGAGCAAUUAUUCCGCCACAUGAGAAAUGCAAGCUCAUUCAAGUCGAUGUUGACGGCGGCGAGAUCGGCCGGACUCUGCCUGUUGACUUGGGUAUCAUCUCGGACGUUGGACAGUUUGUUGCGGCCGUCAACGCGCAACUUGACACUGGACCUGCUGGAGAUUGUGGUCUUGUUGACACAAAUUGGGUGAAAAAGGCAGUAUCUAUCCAGAGCCUACCCUCCCCAUUCGACGCUGACCCCUUAACCCAAUCAUCUGGUCGCAUGCACCCGCACCAUGCCCUCAGAAUCCUCUUUACCACACUAUCCACGCAAAUCAAGAGCCCCAUCCUCGUCAUGGAUGGCGGCGAAUGCGCCAUUUGGGCGCACGGUGUCGCCCAGAUCUUAAACCCCAGCGUGAUCUUAAAGUCUACGGGCGCACUUGGAUUCCUAGGGAACGGGUUCGGAUACGCGCUCGGCGCUGCCGUCGCAUGUCCUGGCACGAAAGUGAUCAAUGUGCAGGGCGACGGGUCCGCUGGAUUCCACUUCAUGGAGCUGGACACGUACGCACGGCUAGGUCUUGAUGUCGUCACGAUCGUUGUGAACAACUACUGCUGGGGCAUGAGCAGUAACGGACAGGAGCUCGUUUAUGGUGACUUGAACCCGGCGAGGCCCGUUAGCUCGCUGUCGGCUGUUACGGGGUACGCGGCUGUCUCUGGGGGGUUGGGAAAUAGAGGGGUUAGGAUUGAGAAGGUUGAGGAGAUGGAAGGGGCUGUUCAAAAGGUUUUAGAAGGGCAAGGACCGGGUUGCAUUGAGCUGAUCGUCGACUCUAAGCCCGUCCAUCCUGUCACAGAGGCCAUGGGCGUAUUAUAA